CCUGGCCAGACCUGGCCCCUAAACCGGCCAGGCGCACUUUUUUUUAGAGUUACGGUGUUAACCGGAAGUGCUGCUCCAGCUGGCCUCUGUCGCCAUCUUGUGGCACACACGAGUUUAACUUCUGCUCAUAACUGGGAAACUUGUUCAGGUUGACCGCUCGGCUGCAGCGAACCGCUCGGGUUAGCGGGGAAGGGGUCGGUGCGUUUUCACCUUUUACCAAGAAGGUCGAGCGGAGCGGCGACGGAGCUCGGUCCCGCCCCCGCUGGCUGUCACUGUCGUUGCUGCCGCGCGCCGGUUCCUGGUCGCGCGCGCUCCCCUUCACCUCACGAAGCUUCCUUCCACACAACCCCCGCUACCAUGAGCGACUACUUCAGCCUGUCCAACUGCGACGUCAUCGGCUUUGACCUGGACCACACGCUGUGCCGCUACCAUCUGAAGGAGACCUCCAGGCUGAUCUACGAGAGCUUUGCUAGAUAUCUGGUGGAGCAUAAAGGAUACGACAAAGACCUUCUGAACCUGACUCCUGCUAGUUGGGACUUCUGUUUUAAGGGGUUGGUGGUGGAUCUAGAAGACGGGAACCUUGUGAAGCUGGCUGAAGAUGGAACCGUUCUACGCGCCUCACACGGAACCAGUGACCUCAGCACGGAUGAGAUCAUAAAGCAUUAUGGUCCAAAAAAAGAGUGGCAGCACUUCUACAGUCUGAACACCUCCUUUACAAGAUCUGCAAAAUACUAUUUCUAUGACAAUUACUUUGACCUGCCGGGUGUUCUGCUGUGUGGAAAAGUUGUGGACAUGUUGCACAAGCGAGGAAACGAGGUGAACUCUGACUUUUGGAAGGACAUCGUUUCUGCAAUCGACCACAAUUACAACACGUCUGCUUUUAAAGGUAUGCGUUUUGUUUCAGACAUGCACUUGUCUUGGUUGAUUUAAAUCAAAAACCCAACAAACACUUUUUUCAAAGUCAAACUUUUAUUCCAUGUUUUGAUCAGUAAGUGGUUUAUAACUUAACACAUCCAACGGGACAUAGUUUUUAAAAGC